ACUCUCUUCUGAGGAAACGAAACUGAUCUGAGUCUCUCUGUCGUCUGUCUGUGUGAGAGUGAACAACCGUCCAAAUGGCUCAGCAAGGAGUUCUGCUGGACCAGGACCAGUUCUGUUGUUCUGUCUGUCUGGAUCUACUGAAGGAGCCGGUCACUAUUCCCUGUGGACACAGUUACUGUAGGAGCUGUAUUGAGGGCUGCUGGGAUCAGGAUGUUCUGAAAGGGGUCUAUAGCUGUCCUCAGUGCAGAGAGACCUUCACUCCAAGGCCUAAUCUGAGGAAAAAUAACAUGUUGGCUGAGGUGGUUGAGAAACUGAAGAAGACAGGACUCCAGGCUGUUCCCCCUCCUGCUCUGUGCUAUGCUGGACCUGGAGAUGUGGUGUGUGAUUUCUGCACUGGGACCAGAAAGCAGAAAGCCCUCAUGUCCUGUCUGGUGUGUCUGGCCUCUUACUGUGAGACUCACCUCCAACCUCACUAUGAAUCUCCUGCUUUGAAAAAGCACAAGCUGGUCAAAGCCACCGCACAACUACAGGAGAAGAUCUGCUCUCAUCAUGACAAACUGCUGGAGGUUUACUGUCGUACCGAUCAGCAGUGUAUCUGUUAUCAGUGUGUGAUGGAUGAACAUAAAGGCCAUGAUACAGUGUCAGCUGCAGCAGAGAGGACUGAGAAACAGAGGCAGCUGGGGAUGAGUCAGCAGAAGGUCCAGCAGAGAUUCCAGGAGAGAGAGAAGGAGCUGAAGGAGCUCCAACAGGCUGUGAAGUCUUUCAAGAGGUAUCAGUCUCUCUCCAGUAUCAGUGUAUCUUCAGACUUACCCAGCAUCGUUGUCCGUCCUCUUCAGUACUUUGGAGAUGUGAGUAAGACUGUGUCUGAACUGAGAGAGAAAAUAGAAGACUUCCUUAAAGGAGAAUGGACCAAGAUCUCCACUACAGUGAAUAUAGUGGGUGUUGUACUGCCUCCAGAGCCCAAGACCAGAGAACAGUUGUUACAAUAUUCCUGUCAGCUCACACUGGACCCAAACACAGCAUACACACACCUCUCUCUGUCUAAAGGGAACAGAAAGGUGACCUAUACAGACCAAGUCCAACCAUAUCCUGACCAUCCAGACAGAUUCACCAACUGGUGUCAGGUUCUGUGUAGAGAGGGUCUGUCUGGAUGCUGUUACUGGGAGGUGGAGAGGACUGGUGAUGUUGAUACAGCAGUCUCAUAUAAAGACAUCAGCAGAACAGAGACAGAUGGUGGAUUUGGAUACAAUAACAAGUCCUGGAGUUUAGAGUGCUCUAGAGGUGGUUAUUGGUUCAGACACAAUAAUGUUGAGACUAAAGUAUCAGGCCCUCAGUCCUCCAGAGUAGGAGUGUACCUGGAUCACAAGGCAGGUACUCUGUCCUUCUACAGUGUCUCUGACACAAUGACCCUCCUCCACAGAGUCCAGACCACAUUCACUCAGCCCCUCUAUCCUGGGAUUCAUCUCUCUAGUACUGCUGAGCUGGUUAAACUGUAGUAGGGUUCACAUAGAUACUAGUCAUGCUGGUGUAGUCAAUA